AUGCAAGGUGUCCCAGAGGAAGAGGUGAACCUGAGGAGGGCACAGGUGGCAGAGACGUGGUUCAGCGCAAUCAGAUUUCGUAUAAAAACUUGGCGGGUCAGGCGAAUAAUCGGACAGCUCUGGCGGGGUCCUGAGGCAGCUUGGCUCGCCUCGCCCGUCCCGGUGACGCAAUUUCCGUCUGCAGCGCCGGGCCGAGCGGCGGCUCCUGAGCGGGUCCGGCCGAGCGGCGGGUCGGAUCGGGGCGGGAGAAGCGCCCGCGGGCGGGGCGCGCGCACCAAGGUGGCAGCGCAGAGGCCGCCAUGGAGACCCGGGUGUCCCAGCACGUUCCUGGUGGAGCAGCGCGUGGCCCGUGCAGCUUCGUGUGGGACAAGGGAGGCGACUGUGUCCGUGUUGACUCAGCCCCGCCUUCCAGGAGAAACAGCUACAACGCUCUCCCUGUGUGCUGCAGCCGUCCCGGGCCUUGUGCUGAGACCGAGCUCAUCACUUGCACAAGUACAGGCUGUCCUGAUCCACGUUCUGCCCACCCAGACAGCUCAGGGAUGCCCCGGGGUCCAGGACCCUUGGUGGGGCAGGAGAUGCCCUGAUGCUGCUCACCUCGAGUUCAAGAGGUCGCAACAGCGUAUCCUGCAGUUCCAAGUCAACAUCUGGAAGAUCUGGAACCUGGCGUUUCUGCUGCAAAACAUCAUCCACCCUGACAGACAGAGGGAGCUGGGGAGGAAGGAGUCGAAAGGAGCCAGUGAGUGGAACAUCAAAAGCAGCACGUAAAAACACAUUCUCACUUUCUCUCUACACACUACACUGAAUUCUAGACAAUGUAGCCUUGUAUUGAUUUUACAAACAUUAACGUGAUGUAUUUUCCACUAAGACAUAGGCUGUGUUGUCAAUCCAAAGUGAGUAAUGCCAUGGUUUGCACAGUUCUGAUGUGAAUAUUGGUGUUUGUACCCAGCAGGACGUUGUGUUUCGUAUUGAAUGUGCCAGAAUAUUUCCGGUAUGACUUUGUGUUGUACAGAUAAUGUCAGGUUGUUUCUAGAUCAUGCGGGUUCAAGGUUUGCACAGCUGAACGUGCUGCCAUGGGCUGCGUCUGUCUGUCCAGAGCCGGUAACAUGUAUGUUUGUAUAGCUUGCUGUGUGGUUUCUGUUUCUUGCAAAAAAAAUUGUUUGGAGUGUAGUUUUUGCCAUUUUCACAUUGUAUCACUCAGCUCUUGUUUUUCAAUGCUUUUUUUUUGCCUAAUGGUUUUUGAAAAAGUUAUCAAAAACGACUGAGAAACCAUCAUUGUUAAACUUGGUGCUGUUUCUUACUUCUGACUUGGGGAUUCAAAGAAAUACCCAAACCAAUACAUCCCAUAUGUUUGGAGGGCACUUCUGUGCAGCUAAAUUAUUCCUUUUCUUGUCAUUAAAUACUUGGGCAUUUGUUCCUAAAACUGUGUAACAGAAGUGAUAUUGUUGGGGCACCUCUGAGUAUAUGUUUGUCUUGAAUAGAUGCCAUGAAUUUAGACACUGUUGCUCCACAAAGUGAUAUUCUGAAGUUCUGCAUUUGAUCUUUCCACUUCAUCUGAUGAAGCAGUGGAGUUUAAUAGUUUGUCUGCAAAUGAAACUACCUAAAAGGCAGUGUACGGGGAACCUCCAGCAGGGAGCUCCUGAUUCCCACCUGACUCCUCCAAAGGUCUCUCUUAAAAGUGAACAAAAGUCAACGAAAGCUGCAGCCCCUCCCUCCUGGGGCACUGCGGUGGGCGCCCCCCCUGGGACCACGGGAAGGUCCAGGAUCCUCGUCCUGAGCGGUCAGGGCAUCUCUGGCAGGUGGGCAGGGAAAUGGAGAUAGGCUGGGGACGCAGAGACGGGCUGAGACAUGGACAUGGACUGGGACACAGAGGUGGGCUAGGACACAGAGAUAGGCUGGGACAUAGAUGGCCUGGGUCACAGAGACUGGCUGGGACAUGGAGGUGGGCUGGGCCAUGGGAACGAGUCAGACCCAGCACAGGAGCAGGGAGGUUGGAGCAGCUCCAUCCCUGGAGACAUGUGCUUGUCCUGGACAUGCCAGCCAUAGGAUACACGCCCCCAGCACAGACACGUACCCAUGGGACACACAACUGGCCCACAGGGACACCAGAGACACACGCACGCCUUGUGCCAUCGUUCCAGUUUUAUUGGUGGAGCCGUGGUGGUGCACUGGUGUGGCGGUGGUGGUGGCCAAGGCUCUGCCGGUUCCCCAGACGCCAGUGCUGGGGUCGGCUCAGCGGCGGCGGCGCCGUGUCCCCCGCCGGCGGCGGCUGCUCCUGUACCGCCGGCGUCGGCUUCGCCCAUAGCGGCGGCGAGAGCGGCUCCGGUAGUGGCGCCGGCCGCGGCGGCGGCUGCGGCUGCGGCUGCGGCUCCUGCUUUGCCGGUACCGGGCCAUGGUGGGGUGGCCGCCGCCCUGUCCUGCCAGAGGAUGCAGCUCUGCACCCCCGGCCCUGCUUUUAUAGGGGUGCCUGGGCAGGGCCCUUUGUGACAUCACCAGUGACGUCACAAUGCCCCACUGUGGCAGUUGCACAACCCCCCAUGAUCCGGAGCAUUCAACAGGGCAGUUGAUGGCUCCUUAGAACCUUUUGUGCCCCACUGUGCCUGUCCCCACGUACACAUCGAGGGUGGUACCAAGGCGCUCCCAGUCACAUCCUCCCCUACCCCGGGCAGGGUGACUUCACCUCCAGCAGCUGGGGGGACAGGAGGGGUGGGACCCUCAGUCGGUGACAGGGUCCUCAGCAAAGAAUGUGCCCAGAGAAGCUGAGAAGCUUCUGGACCAUGUUGAAAUGCCCACAGCCACAUCUGCCUAGACUAUGGAGCGGGGCCCCCACCGAAGAGCCCCUUGGAGUGGUCUUCUCAGAGCAGCAGGUCUGUGAACUGGAGCCCUCUCCUUAGACUGGGACGCUGUCUAAGGAGACUGCCUGGCACCGAGAGCGCCUCACCUCCUCCUGUGCUGGGUGGUUAUUUUUCUCUACUGGAUAUAUCCUGGGAUGAGUCCUUGCCUACCCCAGGCAAGUGAGAGCCCUCGCCCAGCCCAGGUGAGUGAUUGUUUCUUCGGGGCACCCAUGAGUGAGAGGCCUCUAGUUCUGUUUCUUGUGAGUGAAUGCGGGCACAUUGUUGAUCCUUGUUAUUCUUAUGUUGUCAUACCCAAAUAACCUCCUCAGGUGAUAUCUGAACCUGAAUUUUAUGUUGUUGGAGUGCUAAAUAAUUGUAUAAACCCUGUUUCUAGUUUAUUUGCUAUGCUUUCCCAUCUAGAAUAAAGUCUGCUUUGGAACUUGU